AUGACUGAUGAACCACAUGAGGGAUUCAUUUUAUGUUGCUAUAUCUUGUGCCCACCGACGCCGGAUUGUAUUGCUCGAAAACUAGCGUUUCAUCCUCCGAAAAAAGGAAGUUAUUCGGCACAUAUUGAGAGCACGCCUGAUGUGCAGAUUACCACAGCAUCCAAGCUUGUUGGACAGAGCUUCCGGAUCAGUCCUAAACCACUAUCAACAAAGUGUUCAUCAGCUGACUGUGCAGAACUGGCCAGUCAAGUAGAGUGCUCCGUGCUGUGCACUGGACGUGGAAAUUACAUUGUUGUCGUUAAGGGCUCUCCGACCACCGCUUGUACAGAGAGCAGAAUAAAGGAGGUGGUCGUGAUAUUCUCGCAGCCGAACGCUUCAGAUCUCGGCGAGUAUCUCCAGCCCACACGUAUGAACAUACCGACGAUGGCAGAAUUAUUGGGCACGGACGUCUAUGCGUUUGAUUACUCUGGGUGA